AUGUCAGACCAAAUCGACAAAAUAUAUAGACAUAAGGAGAUUCCUUUAAACGUUUGUCAUUUCACGACUUUACCUUCAACACAAACUUGGGCCUAUGACAAUAUUGAUGUUUUGGUCAGUUCAGAGAAAUUGUCUCCAAAAGUUUGGACAGUCAUUACUGCAGAUAAUAUGACAUCUGGGAUUGGUUCUUACGAUCAUAAAACCCUUAAAUCUCGUGUAUGGUGUACAUCGCAUGGCAAGAAUCUAAACGCAACAUAUAUUACAUUAAGACGAAGAAAUUUCUCCGAAGAAUCCGACAAACAUAUUUUAAAUUUAAGUUUGUAUACCCUUGGGAUUGCUCUAACAGUUUGCAAGAUUUUGGGGGAAUUUGGUAUUAAGGAACCCAAAAUAAAGUGGGUUAAUGACAUUUAUGUUAAUGGUAAGAAGCUGGGAGGGAUUUUGUCUAAACAAUUAGAAAAAAGAUAUGUAUUUGAACACGCCGAAUAUGAGCCAGUUGUAUUUGGAAUAGGCUUAAAUGUACUUCAUGAUGAAUGCGAUCUUCCAAAAAAUGUGGAAACUCCGGCAACAUCAGUUAAACUUGAAAGUGCAUUAGAUUCAUCAUUUAUUCAAGUUAAUAAUAUUUUAGAGAGGCUGCAUUUGGAAGUUAUUAAAUCAGUAACUAAUAUCAAUUCAUCAGUAUAUGUAGGAUUCCAAGACACUAUUCUAACAGAAAUUAACAAGAGGUUACUUUAUAAAGGCAAUGUUGUAAGAAUAUUGGAUUAUGAAGAAGAAGGAAACGAAAUGGAAAUGGGAAUAUUUCAAGGAGUAGAUAAGAAUGGGUUUGCAAUCAUUAAAUCAUCUAAAGUAAAUGGGUGUGAACUCAAACUAUCCCAUGGAAGAAUUAAAUUUGAUGGCUAA